AUGGCCACAGACAUCACCAAGGCCACAGACAUUCACUCAACCGCACACACCUCCACGACCACAGACCUCACCACGACCAGAGACAUCCACUCAACCACAGACAUCACCUCGACCACAGAUAUCACCACGGCCACACAUAUCGCCCCAGACAUCCACUCGACCACAGACAUCACCUCGACCACAAACUUCUACUCCACCACAGAUUUCCACUCCCCUACAGACAUCUACUCCAUCAUAAACAUCUACCUCCACCACGAACAUCCAUUUCACUUCAGACAUCCACUCUAUCCUAGACAUCCACUUCCCUGCAGAGAUCACUUCGACCCCAGACAUUCAACCCCACCACACACAUCCACUCUGCCACAGACAUCACCACGAUCAAAGACCACGAUCAAAGACUUCGCUACCACCACACACAUCACCAUGACCACAGGCAUGCACUCCACCACAGGUAUCACACCGACCAAAAACAUCAACUCCACCACAUAUUUCCGCCCUACCACAGACAUCCACUUUACUACAGACAUACACUCCACCACACAAAUCACUACCAUCACAGACAUCACUACCACCACACACAUCACCAUGACCACAGGCAUGCACUCCACCACAGGUAUCACACCGACCAAAAACAUCAACUCCACCACACACAUCCACUUUACAACAGAGAUCAACUUCACCACAGACAUACACUAA